AUGAAAUUAAUUAAUAAUCAACAAUCAAAUAUAAUGUAUGAUGUUAGUGAUGAUUUAAGAUUAUACAAUUUUAAAAAUAAUUAUUUCUUAUCAUCAAUAUCAUGUAAUAAGAAUUAUUCAAGUCCUUCUCCUAUCACUCAACUAUCAUCAUCAUCAAUAAAAAGAGAAAAAAAUUAUUAUUAUUGUACAAAAAAUAAAUCCAACGUCUUAUGUUCUCCAUUUAUUUCUCCUUCUCAUACAACAAUAAUAACUACACCAACAAAUAUAAUACCAACAAUUAUUCGUUCAUCAUCGUUAAAAACAAAUAAUAAUGAUGAUUAUUAUGAACAAUGUCGAGUUUCUUUAUUAAAAUCACGUAUGGAUAGUAUUCAAAUAAGUUCAUUUUUAAAAUUUGUUAAUUAUCAUAUAUCAAAACGUGGUCAAGAAAUUCACGAUAUAUCAAAAGAUUUAUCAAAUGGACAAAUAUUAAUUGAUUUAAUUGAAAUUUUAUCAUCAAAUAAAUUACCACGUGAAAAAGGACGAACAUAUUUUCAUUCAAUGCGUAAUGUACAAAUUGUAUUAAAUUAUUUAAAAUUAGAUAAAAAUCUUACACAUUUAAAUAUUUGUCCAAAAGAUGUUGUUAGUGGUAAUAUUAAACAGAUACUUGCACUAUUAUGGUUAAUUAUAAAAACAUUUAAUUUUAAUGGUUUUCAUUUAAAUAAAAAUAAAAAUUAUUUUAAUGAAAAAACAUUAUUUUGUGGUCAAGAUCGAAGUCAAUUAUUAAAAUGGUUAAAUGAUAUUCUAAAUAAAAUAUUAUUAACUUCAAAACAAAUAUAUAUUAAAGAUUUUUUUAAAAAAACAUGGUUUGAUGGAUAUUAUCUAAGUCUAUUAUGUAAAUUUAUUUGUCCAUUAAGUAUUAAAUAUCAAUCAUUAACCUAUGGACAUCAAUGUUUAACAUUAAUUCAACAGAUUAAUGAUGAUAAUAAUAAUAAUAAUCGAUUAGACGCUUGUUUGAAAUUAACGUAUCUUUGUUUUAAUAUUAAAAUUGACGAUGAUCAACUUCUAAUGGAUGAAAAUAGUCAUAAAGAAAAAGUAUUUUUUUCAUAUUUUUGUGAAUUACAACAAUGUAUUACACAUUUAUUUACAGAAAAUGAUUUUGAUAAAUUAAAAUUAAAUCCAUAUUCAAAAAUUAUCAUGGAAACAAUUAUGGAUAAUAUAAAUGAUUCUUCUUCUUCUCCUCCUAAUUUAUCACUAACUGAAUCUAUCGACAAUGAUUAUUUAAUUUGUAUUGGGGAAAAUGAUAUAAUCAAUUUAUCGUCAAAUGAACAAAGUGAAGUCGAAAAACAAAAUGAUUUCAUUACAGUAACACAAUUACAAACAAUCAAUGAAAAUCAACAAAAUAAAGACGUGUUAUGUAAAAAUCAUUCGACAAUAGUCAUUGAUGAAGUACCUGUGAAUGAAAUUCAGACAGUUGCUGUUCCGGAUGAAAAUUCCACUCAAAAUGAAGUUAUAAUACAAGCCGACGAUAGUAUACCCUUUAGAGUGUCUAAUACGAUGGUAGAAAAUACAGAAGCUAAUCUUGACAACAGUGCAUGCACACUGAAAAACGAGAAAAUGCUGUCGAUAAACAAUGAGGAAAAUAAAACUAUUAAUAAAAAUAACAAUGAAGAUUUGAUAGAGAUUAACAAAGAUACCGAACUACCUAUCGUAAAUGGAACAGGAAGCGACAUCAAUCAUCCUAUAUCAACAGUGGAGAACAUUGAAGAUAGUCAACCAGUUUUGGAUGUUGUAGCAAAUGAUUCCGUUGAAAGAAUCAUCCCUGUCUCAAAUAACAAUAAUACAAAACAAAAAUGCGAAAAAUCCAAACGACGCAAAAAGCCCACACCGAAAGUCGUAAAACAAAAAGUAUCCGAUGAGAACCAAAACAAUAUUACUGGAGAAGAAAUAGAUGAAAUAUCAAUCACGGUCACUACUCCAGAAGGCUUAUCUAAAGUGGCUAUACUACAAGAGGAUAACAAUGAUGAAAAUCAAGAAAAGAGCAACGUUUUACUUGAAUCUGAAAUGGUGACACCUGCAUUGGAAGUAACACAAACUACGUCUGACGAUGGUGAUGUUAUGGAUAUUGCUGAAACAAACACUAAUCAUUUCACUGAAAAAGCUGUCGAUAAUUCAGUUCCAACAGAGUCAUUAUCGUUAAAAAAUAAAGGUCGAAAGCGAAAAAAAUCCAAUAAUAAUAAAAAAGGCAGUGUGAAGAACGAGGUGUCUCAUUCAAGUUCAAAGGAUUUAAUAACAGAUGCCCAAACAUCUUCAUCUUUCAAGAAUAUCGCAGCUAUUGUUAAGAAACAUAUGCAUCAUUCAUCAACAACAACAGUGAAAUAUAUUUUAUUUUUAGUUUGUUUAUGUUUUUCAAUUCUUAUUAUUAUUGUCCAUCAUUGA